AUGGAAAGAAAGAUACCACUACUUCGCCUCUUUGUUGGACCGCCGGCGCGAACACAGUGGUCGGGGUGGCUGGUGGUUUCGGGAUCCCGUAGAAAUGCUUCUUUUAUGCCUCGGGUAUUAGCCACAGCUCGUAUUCAUUCAGUAAUUCUACCCCUUCUGAAUUCUUGGACCUCGCUUCUUAAUAUUGUGACUCUUCCAUGCUGUGUCUCAGGAACCUCUUCAAUACGGUCCGGAUUGCUAGCUCCCGUUCAUAGUUUUGCUACAGAUGAUACACGAGGAAUCUUUUUAUGGCGGUUCUUCCUUCUAAUGACCGGCAUAUCUAUGAUUCUUUUCUCCCAGAUGAAGCAGCAGGCAUCGGUCCGUAGAACCUAUAAAAAAGAGAUGGUUGUGGCGCGAAGUACUCUUGUGCACCUACGUCACUCGGCUCGCGCGCAACCCCGCCCCGUUAUGUUAUGGAAGAAUUGAGCUUAUUGCUGGGCUGGUUAUUCAGAGCCAGCAAUUGGCUGCCGGAUUUCGUCCCGUCCGUAGCGCUUCGGGGGUCACUGUGGCGUGGCUGAAUGUAGAGCAGUCCGCUCCUACAGCGUUUUAUCUUUAGAUUCUUUUUCACUUCGGAAGAUGGUCAAGGUAGCUUGCUUCCAAGCCACUGCACUAGAUGCGCAUGUAGUCGUAGUAGUCGGCCCAGAAUGCCUCUGUUCUAUACUAUACUAUACUACUUCGUAUGAAUGGGGAAUUACGUCGCUCUUUGAUCUGCAGAAUAAGGCCUACGAGCUCUCUGUUUUAUGGCAGAGAUCUCUCCACACCAAGGAACCGAAUCACAAUGGAUCGAAGCCCUCCUUUUCCUUCCAAUUAGUGAGAUUCCCCGGUGUGGCCGGCCCCGACUACAUGGGAACAGAUCCUUCUUCCUCGGAAUCGAGACUUUUUACCAUUUCCACUGACGAGCUUUCUCGCGAGCUCUUUCUUCUCGGGAACAUCUCGAAAUCGAGCGGGCAGCAAGAAUAAGAAUCAACCUAUCCUUAAUCUGAACUUAAGUAGACGUCGGCCUUCUAGAAGCGAAGCUUCCCAGCCGCCUGCCUCCUUGUGUGGAAAUGCUUUUCAUGAUCUCCAGCUCUUUCCCACCAGCUCGUUCUCCACUAGGCAUCUAGGCGAACCCGCCGGGUGAACUCAACGUAAAGAAAGUCAGUGAGUGCUUACUAAUAGCGAAAGGCUAACAUCUCUCCGUCAGAAGGCGAACAUCAGGUAACUUCGUGCUGUAAGACGACAGGUUGGUAAUGAAAGGCAAUGUACUAAGAAAGCGCAACUCUACUCUAUUAGGCCGAGCGAGAAAGAAAGGUUGCCUUAGACGUAAAGGGGCGGGUAAGAAAGAGAGGUGAAGUGACUAGCUUAGUGACUGUAUUCAAUCUAAAAGGUUGGCUAAGUGACCGUCAGUGCUGUUACCUUAUAGUAAGAAAGCGGUCUUUCAGUCUUUAACAGUUGCUUCAAAAGUCAAUUCAAGGUUUCCUUUUUUUUUUUAGUAUUAGCUGUCAUUGAUAGAGCGUUUCGGCGGGAAAUCGCUAAGUUGGUUAGAGUCCUGGUCCGUCACGCCAGAAGUCGCGGGUUCGAACCCCUCCUGGUGGAAUAAGUCGAAGUUGCGGGAUCCUGGGUACAACGAGACCGCAACUACGGAAGGAAGGAAAUGGGAGCGAGACCACCCUAAGAUGAUGUUAUGAAGGAGAGCUCGCGGCGAUUCUAUUCUGUGUUGGAAGGGCGCCAGAAUUGACGAUCUAUUCGAUUCUAUAGAUCAAAGGGGUUUUCGGCCUAUCUACCUCUUCUCGGGAGCGAGGCCAAAGCCGAGCAAAAGAUAUAGAUAUCCAGAUAGCUAAAUAAGCCUAGGGAGGCACAUGCAAAUGUAGCUGAACCAACCCGAAGAUGAAUGGAGGUAUGACCCACCUCAUCAAACAGGGCUUGAUAUGCUAUCCAUUGGGGUGGUCCCCCGUGACUCACUCAAGUGAAGAGAGAGAAGAUAGGGUAGGUUGCUCUGAAGGUAGAAUAACAAAAGAGAGACUACUUAUGUUAUGGAUUUACAUUAACAUGAACGGGACCCUAGCGAGUUCAGUGCGUAAGCCCCUUUAGAGAUAGGGUCGUUAGAGAAGAGCUCGUUCUUCAAUUUUGAGAUCUUUAGAUUCGUAAGAUCAUGAUAGAGUCUCCGCGCGCUAGCGCGCUACAACUAGCAGAGCAGCCAGCUGAAAAACUACAGCGCGCGUACUCUUCUGGAUAGCUUUUAUGGACAAUCACAAUUGUAUCGGUCCGGCACGAGCGGAAUAGUAUGGGACAGGUUCAUGGAAUGACCCGGCUAGGAAUCCAAUUUAUAACGUUACUUCAACUCACCAUCCAACUAUUCCAGUAUGCCCAUUGGAAAUAUCCUUACGCCCUGUUGAAAAAAUUCUUAUUAUUGAGGUGGAAUGAAUGCUGCUGCUUUCGGCCCCAUAAAAUCGCCUAAUGUUGCGCAUCGGAUCAGUUAGGUGCCGGGCAGGCGGGGGGUGGGGCAUAGGAACCAGCAAAAGGAA